GCCACAGCGGUCUUAAAUCUUAACGAAACAAUCUGCUACCGCCAAAAGAAGAGCAGUAACACUUAUGAGGCUUCUCUUCUUUCUGAGUACACUACAAUCGACUUCAAAUCGAGUAUCACUAUAAACGAUCCGACUUUGCCGUUAACUGAAGAAAUCACUAACAUCGAAAGGCUUCAAUUAAGCCCUACCGAGGAGCUUUGUCAUGGUCCACCCGCUUGGCUGUGGCAUUACCUACGAAGAAGUAAGAUGAGUGGGUAUUUCGUCCCGCUGUCUGGUGGUCAAGACAGCUCAUCGGUUGCUGUUAUGGUUCGUCUUAUGUGCAAUAAAGUGUGUGCUGCAGUCGAGCGUAGAAAGCAUACGGAUGGUGGAGACGAUCCUGCUUACUAUCUGAACGGGGAACGUGUUGGCGAAGAUCCAGCGGAACUAUGCAAUAAGAUACUUUUUACUUGCUACAUGGCCAGUGAACACUCUUCUGUUGAAACCAGAGCUUGUGCUGAUGGAUUGGCUAGAGACAUCAAUAGUAAUCACUCUAGCCUCUUUAUUGAUACUAUAGUCUCUGCUGUACUCGCAGUGUUUAGUGCGGCUCAAGGUUUUAUUCCUACAUUCAAUAGUGUUGAUGCCAGACAAGGACUGGCUCUUCAAAACCUACAGGCACGAAUUCGAAUGGUUCUAGCUUAUUUGUUUGCGCAAUUAUGUCUCAUUGCGAAGGGCCUUCCUGGAAGCCUACUUGUGUUGGGUACAUCCAACGUGGACGAGACGCUAGUAGGCUACAUGACGAAAUACGACUGUUCUUCUGCAGAUAUCAAUCCAAUUGGAUCAAUUAGCAAGGCAGAUUUACGCAAGUUUUUACGCAAAGUCCACGAUGAGUACGGUAUGAAGUCACUGAUGGACCAGCCAUCAGCUCCUAUGUUUCUAUUCCAGACGAAGAAUGGUGCGUCCUUUCAGGAGGAAAUUGGCUUAACGUAUGAUGAGCUUUCUGUCAUUGGACGUCUGAGACGUCCACAUGGUUUGGGACCGUAUAGCACUUUUCUGGCUCUGUGCUCGAUGUGGCAUCCAAAGUAUUCGUACGAUGAAAUAGAAGAGAAAGUGAAGAGAUUUUUUUGGCGAUAUCGAGUCAAUAGACAUAAAAGUACAGUUGCGACUCCUGCCUAUCACGCAACCGAGUACAGUCCCGAUGACCAUAGGAAUGAUCAUCGACCUUUCUUGUAUCCAGAUUUAGCUUACCAAUUUGAGAAGAUACACUCGAAGGUUUGCGCUCUUAGUUUGCAGUAG